CCUAAAUCCGGAUCUUAUGGGUCCGAUGGGUUUCCACUGCUUAACAUGAGCCGUGGCUUGGACAGAUUCGCAAGUCGCGCUAUGGGUCCGAUGGGUCCGAUGGACCGUGACUCCUGUCGGCUCAAGACUCGACUUGGCUCCGAGCCGCGGAGCCGGGAGCCCCCGGGGACGUAACAUGUCGAAGACACGCGUGCUGGCGACAGUUUUGCUGGCAGCAUCAUGGCUGCACUGCACGGACGAGGACAAGGCGAGGAGGAUUGGGCAGACUCCAAUUUACCGCACGGAUUUUCAGCACAUUCCUCGUUUGUAAAGUGUCUCGGGGCAACAGCCGCGGGGUCUGUGUUUGCGCUUCUUGGCAAGUGGAUCGAAAGCCGGAAGGAGCAGAAGGAGAAGCCCAUCUGCCGGGAGGACUUGAAGCUACCCCGCUCUGGAAGCCGACUAGAGGAACAGGCUGUCCCUCAGCCAGACGGAGAGCCAUUGAAUGCACAGAUCAAGCGCUCCCAGUCUUUGCCAUCUGCCGAGCUGCAGAAAUCCAGGAGUCGUGAGUGCAAAGACACACCGAAGGCACGGUCAGAUGAGGAUGACAACUGGCGCAGCGCGAACGGGCGCUUGCCGCGAACAGUGUCUGCACCUGCCCCGAAGAAGUCAGCACUUGGAGUUGGCAAAGAUGUCUGUGACAUGGAGAAGGUGGAGCGUCAGGUGAAGUCAAUUUUGAACAAGCUCACUUGGGAGAAGUUCGACAAGCUCUACGCUGAUUUGUUGACCUAUUGCAUGGUUGAACACCAGGAGAUUCGACAUGAGACCAUUGAGGUCAUCGCCCGUGAUGUCUUUAAGAAGGCGACGCUGCAGCACAAUUUCAUUGAGCUUUAUGCUGAUCUUUGCGCCAGACUUGAUGCUGAU